AUGCAGAUUUUCGUUAAGACUCUCACCGGCAAAACCAUCACUCUAGAAGUCGAAUCUUCUGACACAAUCGAUAAUGUCAAAUCGAAGAUUCAAGAUAAGGAAGGAAUUCCUCCUGACCAACAGAGACUCAUUUUUGCUGGUAAGCAGCUAGAAGACGGUAGAACUCUGUCCGAUUACAACAUUCAGAAGGAGUCCACUUUGCACUUGGUCUUGAGACUGAGAGGUGGUAUGCAAAUUUUCGUCAAGACUUUGACAGGAAAGACUAUCACGCUCGAGGUCGAGUCCUCUGACACGAUUGACAACGUUAAGUCCAAGAUUCAAGAUAAGGAAGGUAUUCCUCCUGAUCAGCAAAGACUUAUCUUUGCAGGAAAGCAAUUAGAGGAUGGCAGAACUUUGUCUGAUUACAACAUUCAGAAGGAGUCCACACUCCAUCUUGUUCUCAGACUGAGAGGUGGUAUGCAAAUUUUCGUCAAGACUUUGACAGGAAAGACUAUCACCCUUGAGGUUGAGUCGUCUGAUACUAUUGAUAACGUCAAGUCUAAGAUUCAGGAUAAAGAGGGUAUUCCACCAGACCAGCAGAGAUUGAUUUUUGCUGGUAAGCAGCUCGAAGAUGGCAGAACGUUAUCCGAUUAUAACAUUCAAAAGGAAUCGACCUUGCAUCUAGUUUUGAGAUUGAGAGGAGGUAUGCAAAUAUUCGUCAAGACUCUCACCGGCAAAACUAUCACCCUUGAAGUUGAGUCCUCUGACACGAUUGACAAUGUCAAAUCGAAGAUUCAGGAUAAGGAGGGAAUCCCUCCUGAUCAGCAAAGACUCAUUUUUGCAGGUAAGCAGCUAGAAGAUGGUAGAACUCUCUCCGAUUACAACAUUCAGAAGGAAUCUACUCUUCACCUGGUUCUGAGACUCAGAGGCGGUUUCUGA